AUGUCGAUAGAUUAUGAAUAUUUAAAUGAAUCGUCAAUUGAUGAUAAUCUUAAAUGUGCUAUUUGUAAUGAUCCAUUUGAAAAACCAUAUGUAACAUCUUGUGAUCAUACAUUUUGUUAUACAUGUAUUUUACAACAAAUUCAAAUAAAUAAAUCUUGUCCUUUAUGUCGUUCUUCUAUUGAAAAUAUUAAUAAUAUAAUGCCUGUUAAAACACGUCUUAUACUAAAUAUGCUGGAUAGUCUUUUAGUUAAAUGUAAAUUCUGUGAAAAAAAACGAAUUGAACGUGGAUCUUUUGAAGAUCAUUUAAAAAUAUGUCGAAAACAAAUGAAUUGUUUAUGUACAGCAGCUGAUAUUCGAUGUCCAUGGAAUGGUCGUCGUGAUCAACUUUCUUUUCAUGUUCAACAAUGUCCUUAUGAACAAAUUCGUCCAGUACUCAGUGAGAUUCUAACAAGAAAUCGUUAUUUAGAACAACAAAUUUCAUCUCCGAAAGUAAAUCAUAAUGAAAAUCAACAAUUAAAAGUAGAAAUAAAUCAACUUUAUCAAAGAUGUCAACAAUUAGAAAAUGAACUUCAUCAAUAUAAAAUUAAAUCAGUAUCAAUUCAAAAUAAUUCUACAACAUCAUCAAACAAUCGACCAAUAACAUUCGAAUCAUUACUCACGGAAAAUAAAUUUGGUUCAAUACAAGAUGGUUAUGCUGGUUUAAAUUGGAUUAAUGUUCGAUAUACAAACGAAGAAAAUGCUCGAUUAAUAAAUUCACAAAAAAAUUAUGAUAGACUGUCUGUUUUCUCACGUGGUUACACAUCUAUCAUUCAUAAUGAUGGGAAAAAUCCAAUGGUAAUAUCAUCUUCAAUCAAGCAAACAUUUAUACUUUAUGCAUGUGAAAUAAUGUCUAUUAAUUCUUCUGAUGAUAUUUGUCAAUUAAAUAUUAUUGGUCGCAGAGAAAAAAAAGUGAUUUAUUCGAAAAUAGUUUCACUUAAAUAUAAUAUAUCGAAAGUGAUUGAAUUUCCAUCAUGGAUUAAUCUUAAUGAAAUUGAAUUUUCUAUUUCGAAAAAACUAUAUUUUAUAUUAACAUGGAUUCAAUUAAAAUACGAAUAA